GUCUCUAAAAACUUUCCAUCAGAAUGAAGUUUUGCUUUGCACUAAUCAAUUUGCUGCUCUGCUGUGGCCUUAUAAUGGCCGCUGACCGCUGUCCCACCAUUUGUCCAGCGAUUUAUAAGCCUGUCUGUGGAGAAGCUCUAGUGGGUGGUCAACGAGUGCGUUGCCAGUUCUCCAACAGCUGUGCGAUGGCUGGCAAUAGCUGCACCAAAGGAAUAAAUUGGCGCGAAACUCCGAAUUGCAACGGGCUUUCAGGACGUUGUAGCAGCCUUUUAAGCUAAGCACAACUCACAAUCUAUGAAUAAAUUGUUGCACUUUAUUAAAAAUAAACUAUUCUAUUUCUGAAA